AUGGACAGCCAAGCUCCGUCAGCAAGAACCGCCCAGACCAACAACCAACCCCUCAAGAAACCCACCGUCCGCACAACCGCCUCCGACCACCCCAACAACCGACCCGGCGGCUUUAUCAAACCUCCCCCCCCGGCCCGUCAACAGCGGAUCAAAUGGACAGCCGACAACGAUCGGAAGUUGCUCCUCUUCGCCCUCGGCCGUCAUCCCAGCGGCAAGGAGUCGCAAGCCAUCGCGGAUUGGUUCGAUGAGAAGCCGACGGGCAAGGCGAUUCAGGAGCGCUUGACGAAGUUGAGGGCGGAGCAGAGGAGGAUUGUGGCUGAGGCGGGGAUUGAGAUGGAAGGGGUGGAGGGGAUGGAUGGGCGGGGUGGUGAUGGAGACGGUGAGGGUAACGGUGGUGGUGGUGGGGUGGGUGAGGGCAUGGGCGGGAGUGGUGAGGGGGGUGGGGUUGUGGACCAGCCGGAGGGAUCGGAUAUGAUCGUAAUGGGCCAAAACAGGGUUGAAGCUCGUGAAGACGGUCCGGAGGAGAACGCCGGCGACAAGUAG